AUGAACACCAACAGCAACACUAUGGUAAUGAACGAUGCGAACCAAGCACAGAUAGCGUCCACGUUCACCAAGAAGAUAUUGGCACAUCUGGACGACCCAGACCCUAACAAGAUGGCCCAAUUCGCACAGCUCUUCAACCCAAACAACUGCAGAAUAAUACUCAAUGCGACGCCCUUUGCGCAAGCCGCGGUUUUCCUACAAAUGUGGCAAAACCAGGUGGUUCAAACACAGCACGCGCUAACCGGCGUAGACUACCACGUUAUCCCGGGCUCCGGGACGUUAAUAUGCAACGUCAACUGCAAAGUCAGGUUCGACGAAAGCGGCAAAGACAAGAUGGGACAAGACGCGACGGUUCCCAUCCAACCCAACACCAGCGGAAACGGAAACCGCCUCAACGAUAUGAACAAGCCAAGGCCUCUGUGGGGCCCAUAUUUCGGCCUUUCUCUUCAACUGAUCAUCGAUGACCGUAUAUUCAGAAACGACUUCAACGGUGUGAUAUCGGGGUUUAACUACAACAUGGUUUAUAAACCCGAUGACUCUCUGCUGAGAAUUCAAUGA